CUAUCCGCGGGCCGAGCUACUCACUGCUACCACGCGCGUCAUAGUACAUACAGAACACUUGCUACUGAGUAAGAGAACGUGUGACCGGGAUAUGCAUACAGUUUCGUGCAACCGAUGUCAAACGGGCAGGGCAGCAUCCCGCCUGGAGACCGUCUAGACUGCUCCACCAGCUGAGCGGUUAUAUACCGACUACUCUGUGGACAGCUGAGAGAACAACCGUUUCGGCCAGAGUGUGCGUACAUCGGACGGGCAGCAUCCCGCUAGAAGUACCUAACACUGAUUUCGGUCGGUUGUAAUCACGACGACGACGACGGCGGGCAGUAUGAAUCUGUUAUCAACUGGAGCGUGUGCAGAUGGCAGUGGCAAAAUCGUGACGGUAUGAAACUGCGAUUUACGGUCCUUUCAAUAACCCAAUAUCGUUGGGAGCAUCGAAGGAGAAGUGAAAUAGAGCACUGCAAUCCUUUCAGACCGGCUGUCUGACCCAGCGGGAGGUCAUUUGCAUGAAAAUUGAAUCCCACCAAUGGACAGGAUAACGAAGGGUUCGGCGAGGGAGCACGAAAGCCAGUGGAUACAGUUUAUAAAACGGGGCUGAUGAAGUUACAUCAUGUGGAUAAUGAGUGUUAGCAAAGCGAAAAACGAGGAUGAGUCAUGGACUGUGAAAAGGGCAUGCUUACGGUUAGUGCUAUACCGUGUCGUACAUCUGAGUGUCGUUUAGAGAGAUCUGUUCCUGCUUUGCUCAGUGACCGUGAAUAAUUUGCUGUCUAAAUUGAGAAAAGCUUGUGGUCAGAGUUGUGGUAAAGUGUGAUAGUGAUUUAAUUAACGGGAAUGCAUGCGUUUGGAUUAAACCAGACAUAGAUGAUAUAAGGAGGAACGGCGAGGGCGUGCAAGUUAUUAUUUGUGAUCAUAAUAAAGAAUACGACUAUCAGUAAGAUGACAAUGAGCGAUUUUGUGAUAAUCAAGACCAAGUCGUACAUCAUCAGGAUGAACCGGGAGGAAAACCUUUGCUGGUUCCACGGGAAGAUUUCACGCGAACGAGCCGAGGAAAUACUUAGACAAGAGGGCGGCAAUGGCGUCUUCAUGGUGCGAGAAAGUACCUCCUCCGAGGGUGAUUUCGUCCUGUCGGUGCUGUUCCAAGACGAGGUAGUACACUAUCAGAUCCGCCGGCACGGAGAUGAUGCCUUCUUUUCGAUCGACGACCACAUGCCCAUCCACGGGUUGGACUCGCUGAUCGAACACUACCGGGAGUCUUCCAAUGGGCUGGUAACGCGACUGCAAACCAUCUGCCAAAGUGGACCACCACCGCACGACGUCCGGAGCCACGGGAAGGAGAAUCUGCUGCAUAGGGCUACGGAGAACAGCAACUACACGGUGGUGUCAGAGAUGAUCAAAUGCGGGUACAAGAACAUCGAUUCCAAGAACGAACAUGGACAAACGGCCGUACACUUGGCUUGUUUGUACGCCGAGGCGAAUAUUCUGGAAAAGCUGAUUGAAGGAGGAGCCAACAUCAACAACAGGGAUACACAGGGCAAUACGCCGUUGCAUUACGCCUGUCGUAAAUCGGACGGUUUGGAGAUGGUGCGCCUUUUGGUAAAUGCUGGUACCAACGUGCAGGCACGUAACAAGGAAACCGGAUGGGUACCGCUACAUGACGCCGCAGCUAACGGCAACCUGGUAAUCGUUCAGGAACUACUGGCAAUACCAGUUCCUCACAUGCCUCGAACAAGCUACGGUGAACUGCCUGUGGAUUUGGCUAAAGAGAAAGGGCACGCGGCGAUCGUAGAGUUCUUGACGAGCUAUGUUCCUCCACCGCCAAACACCCAUAAAGGCCAGUGGUACCACGGAACCCUGGAGAGGCAAAUAGCCGUAGAAAGUCUGAGAGAGCAUGCGUCAAAACUGAUGCCUUCGUCUCCGGGAAAAGAAAACAAGGAAAAUGACCCACAAGCUGAUGAGAGCGAUCAACCCGAUGCUUCGGGAGUUUACCUGGUGCGGUAUUCUACCAAACAUGGCAUUGAUGUGUUGACACUUCUCUUCGAAAACGAAGCCAAGCAUUUCAUGAUCCAAAGGAAACAGAAUUACCUCUUCAUCGACGAUGGACCCUACAUGACUUCUUUGGAACAUCUGAUAGAACAUUACACGAGGUUCUCGGAUGGACUUCAGACCAACCUGAAAUACCCGGUGCCUCCGAAACCCAAACCGCCCAUUCCGUUGUUUUCCACCAUACCAAAAACGAAACACAAAGUGGCAACCAGCCCUGUGGCCAGUUCCCCACCUGGCCCUGUGCCUCCACAAACCAACAAUGGAACUACGUCGUACUUCCGAAAGUCCAGCGAUAACAGCUUACAAAAGGCACCGCACCCGGCCGCCCCAGCUCGAAACCUUUCGGUGCCAAACGAUAGCAUUCUCCAUCAGAUGAACAAGGUGGGACUGUUCGACCGAAGUCCCGAAACACCUUCCACGCCUAAGUCUUCGCCGAACAUUGACGAAAAGAAAUCCAAGCCCAAUAGCUCGACCCUUAAGAAGAAGAAAAACAUCAUCAUCGAUGGGUUGAGUAGCCUGCGGAAGAGUAAAGUUAAACAGAAGCUUCCGGUUGAACCGGAUGCCCAACUGAACCGAGAUAGUCUGAUAGAGCAAAUAACGUCGGACAAAGUCCUUCAGCAGUUGUCAUUUUCGUCGAACUUUUCGCUGCCGACAGCUCAGCUGGAGCCACAGUCCGAUGCCGUAUAUCAAUCCCCGCCCAACAAUUGUGCCAUCGUGGACAUCGACUUCGGUGAACCACUUGCCGUUCCGUCCAGCCGGAUCAUCGACAGUAUCAACAACAACAACAGCGCAUCGUCGCCCCCCGUUGGAAGCCCUCCUACGCAGAGCGCUAUUCUCGGUAGGCGUACGUCUUCCGAAUCCACAACGGUGACUGAGGCGCAUCCUCCGGAAGACUAUUUCGUCGAAAGUGAUAAGAACAUCUACGGGGAAAGCCAACUGGACAACAAUAAUGAAGAUAUUUAUUUCAUUGAUGCACCGCCUGCGACACCAGCUCCGAAUCCUCCUCAGGUCCCUCCGGUAGACAACAACAACCUACCGCCGAAGCCCUCAACGGCCACCAACUACAUCGUCACGCGGAACGUUCCGGUGUUUUUGAAUAGCAUUUCUACGGUAGAGUCGCCAACCAGUCCUCCGCCGGCUCUUUUGCACGCCUUCCGCCCUGGCGGUCCUUUCGAGCGGUUAGACUCGAAUACAUCCACCGUCAGUCGGGACAGCGUCCAGAGCGGCGACUCGGAGUUUCUUUCCAUUAUCCAGCAGCAACAGGAAGAAGACGACCGACUUCACAUGCGAUUGUACCGUAGCUCGUCCAAUCGGCCCAACUAUUUCAUUCCCAAGGAGUGUAUCCUCACCCAGAAGGUGCUGGGCCGAGGUGAGUUUGGAUACGUCUAUCAAGGCUUGCUAAGACCGUGCCAGCUGGACCCCAGCUCGGAUCAAGCGGUCAUCGGAGGGCCGGAAUCCUCCGAAUGUACGCCGAUCGCCAUCAAACAACUGGUUGAGAGCACUGGCAAGCGUAAUCGAGUGGACUUCCUGCGGGAGGCUAGCGUUAUGAUCCGACUGAGGCAUCACUGCAUCGUGAAGCUGAUCGGGAUCUGCAAGGGUCCUCCGCUGAUGAUGAUCGAAGAGCUGGUACCGCUGGGAUCGAUGCUGGACUACAUCAUUGCCAACAAGAGUACGAUCAAUCCGAAGCUCGAACUGGUUAUUUGGGCAGCGCAGAUUGCAUGUGGAAUGCAAUACCUUGAACAGCACCACUUUGUUCACCGCGAUCUGGCGGCUCGAAACAUUCUACUAGCGUCUCGCAAUCAAGCCAAGAUAUCCGAUUUUGGUUUGUCGCGUGCCAUCGGUGCCGGAGAUGAUUAUUAUCGUGCCAGUCAGGGCGGAAAGUGGCCAAUCAAAUGGUACGCACCGGAAAGCUUCAACUACGGAACGUUUUCGCACGCGAGCGACGUGUGGUCCUUCGGGGUUACGAUGUGGGAAAUGUACUCCCUGGGUGCUCCCCCGUACCAGGAAAUGAAGGGCGUGGACGUCAUCAAGCUGAUCGAAAACGGCCAACGGCUCUCUCAACCGGAUCUCUGCCCGGACAAUGUGUUUGACGUGAUGAAAAACUGCUGGAACUACAAUCCGAAAAGUCGGCCAACGUUCAAAUUUCUGACGCGGUUUUUCACCGACGACAUCAAGUACCAGAACCUACAGGAGUUGGUUCAAAGCGGGAAGGAGAUCAAUCCCAACCAUUAGUCACGUAAACCGGGACGUACGGUACGCGCGUGCUCUGUGAGCGUAUUUCUAUGAUUUUAAACCGUAGCAAGUAUCGAGAGUAUUAAAGAAAUGCAUGCAUAUUUCAAUGAACGUACUGAGGUUGGUUAAUAUCCUCAAACAUUUUACAAAUUAACUGUUUUAUCCCUGACAAAGACAGAAACCCUUACUCCGUAUUUUGUCAAUUAUUUUUCAAAUGUCUGUUGAACACGUUAACUAUUUCAUUAGUCUAUGAAUAAUAUUCAGUUGCUCUUUUCCGAUUGCUCAUCCAAUCGUUCCAAACGACUUUAUCAAUAAACUAACACCAUUCCUAAUUGUACAACGCCUCUACUGCAUUAUAUCUUUAGUCGCAAAAGUUCGUUCUAUGUCAUGGAGUCAAGUGUUUAGGUUUAACCGCAACAAGCAUUUUAUUUAUUCACAGUUUGCUAUUGUUAUGUGCCUUCUUUAUACAUUGAGUGUCAUGUGUCGAGUUAAAACCAACAAUAUGAUUUUAACAGCUGCUUUUAAUGAGAUUUCUCUGCAACAAGUGCUAUAUAGACUAUGGAUGUAUAGCAGAAAGGCUCCCAGAGGGGUCUAUAGAAUGAUGAUUAGAAAGUA